UUACUUAUUAAAAAAAACUAUAAUGGAAAUAUUUGAAAAUAUUUGCCGGACCUGCGGCAACGACUGCCUGGAGGCACUCAAUAUAUAUGAAGAUAGCGCCAUGGUACUGGACAAGAAAUUACCCAUCUCGGAUAUAAUAUCGGCUUGCCUGCCGGCAAACGCUGCAUUGACGGCGCUCAACAAAGAUGAUGAUUAUCCGAAACAAAUUUGCCGUAUUUGUGUAAAGAAACUAGCCAUUAUUUAUGAAUUCAAUAAUAAAUGGCUUACAGCCAACAAUGAGUUCAAUGUGGCAUUAAAAUUUGAGCAGCGACGCAAACGCGGUCGUCAAUCUCAGACAAGUGUAUCCGCCAUGGAUCCGCUGCCCUUAGCAUCAUAUACAGUGGUAGAUGAAAACGAUCAGCCGCUAGCGAAGGCGGACAACAUUGUGUUCAAGUUCGAGCCUAAUGAAUCUGUCGAAUUGGAGGAUGUAAAGUCCGGUGGCUACAUGUGUUCCUUCUGUGAUGAGCGCUAUCAUACUCUGGCGGCCUGUCAGAAGCACCAUAAAGUAAAGCAUCGCCAUUUACCGUUCACCUGGCCUAGUCCCAGCUAAGAUAUGUACACUACACGCAUAUACUAGUAAAUUUGUAAUUGUUUUACUUAGCUAUGUUUUGUAUGCAUGUAUGUGCUACGGCCGAAGCAGCACGAAAACA